UGAUCCAAAUCAAACCGCAACCAAUCCCCCACCCCACCCUUCCUCCCUCUCACUCGCGCAGGUGCAGGCGCAGGGCAUCGGACCCACUCGCACCCCGCCGCCCAAUCCAAGGCGGUGCCGUCCUCGUGCGCGCUCGCGGUGGCCAUGACAGCGCAGGCGCUCGCGCCGCCGCUGCCGGAGCCGCGACAGCUCAGCCUGGCGGACCUCAAGGCCGUUUCCGUGCUCGGCCGCGGCGCCAAGGGUGUCGUCUUCCAUGUCGUGCCCAAGGGCGAGGGCGGCGCCGGCGACGUCCAUGGCGCUCAAGGCGGUCUCGCGGGAGGCCGCGCGGCACAAGAAGAGCGACGGCGGCGGGGGGACGGACACCGGAGGAUCUGGUUCGAGCGCGAUGGGCUCCUGGCCCUGCGCCACCUGCUGCUCCCCGCCCUCCGCGGCGUCCUCGCCACCGACACCGUCGUCGGCUUCGCCAUCGACCGUUGCGGCAGCGGCGACCUCAACUCCCUCCGACGCGAGUAGAUGUUCUCCGACUCCAUCAUACGGUACACGCUCAACCAACGCCCUUACACUACGCACCGCCGCAGGACAAAUUGGCAAGAUUUGAUCCGUGAACUCAUCCGUGAACACCGUCUUCUUCUUCGCGGAGCUGGGGCUGCUGCAGUAUGGUCUGGUGCAGUCCAAGCCCUCCAUGGUCGCCGCCUGCUGUCUAUGCGGCCAGGCUCACCCUGAAGAAGACCCCUCUGUGGACCGACACUCUGAAGCACCACACUGGCUUCACUGAAGCACAACUGAUGGAUGCGGCCAAGAUCCCUGUGGCCUCGUACUCCACAGCGCCUGACAACAAGCUGAAAGUCGUCUACAAGAAGUACUCGAGCGAGAAGGACGCAGCCAAUAUGUGCAAUUUCAGAAAAUUCUGCUUGUUCUGUAUGCUCCAUUAGUUUGUUCCAAGAACCGCUCAGGAAGGUGACUCAGCAAUCCAUUACAGAGUAGUAUGUGUAAGGUUCCUGGCUGCUGGGUGCUUGCUUAGCAUGGCGAUGGUGCCCUGCUUCUUGGUUG